UGCUUCUUUCCCUUCCUAUACUUUUCAAACAUUUCUAUUUUAUUUUCACAUUUCUAAAUUCAAUUAAAUUCAUUUAUGCCCAUCAAGCUGCAUUAGCUAAUCAAAUCAAUCAAUAUAUUUCCCUUUUUAUUUCUUCAACCAAAAUCAAAAUUUUCCCUCAUGUCAAAUGAAAGUGAGGAAUUUUCCACAGAAAUUGUGAAGAGGGGUGUUGAAAGUAAUGGCCCAAUUUCAUUUUCUGUUAGAGUACGGCCUAAAAUGCCAGAUUUUCUUAGUUCUGUCAAUCUAAAAUAUGUUAAAUUGGGUUAUGGUUACCUCAUUAGCCAUCGUUUGUAUUUACUAUUAGCACCCCCUUUGCUUGCAGUCUUAGUUAAUCAUAUUGCAAAGUUGACUUGGGAAGACCUCUUUAUCAAAUAUGAUAUCACUGAGGCUGUUUUUAUCUCUGGACUUUUGCUCUCAAUUCUCUAUUUAUAUAUUGAUUCUACACCUCGCUCUACCUAUUUGCUUGAUUUCUCAUGUUUUCGCCCUUCAAAUGAAUACAAGGUUUCUAGGGCAGAAUUCAUUGAGUUAGCCAAAAGAUCAGGGAAUUUCAAUGAUACUGCCAUUAAGUUUCAAGAACAAGUUCUCAAGAAAUCUGGCAUAGGAGAUGAAACCUACUUGCCAAAAGGCGUUUUUCGCCCUGGUUACACAUCAUCAUUGAAAGAUGGCAGAGAAGAGUUAUCCAUGGUGAUGUUUGGCGCAAUUAAGAACCUUCUUGUUACCACAAAAGUAAAACCAAAAGAUAUCAAAAUUCUAAUAGUAAACUGUGGAAUACUAAAUACAACACCAUCAAUCUCAUCAAUGGUAAUAAACCAUUUCAAGCUUAGACCUGAUAUUCAUAGCUUUAACCUUGGUGGUAUGGGUUGUGCUGCUGGAAUCACAGCCAUUGAUCUUGCUAAAGACCUUCUUGAUGCUUAUCCAAAUUCUUAUGCAUUAGUGGUUAGCACAGAAGCUGUUAGCUAUUCAUGGUAUAGUGGCAAUGACUCUGACAUGCUUCUUCCUAAUUGCUUCUUUAGAAUGGGAGCUGCAGCUAUCUUGCUCUCAAAUUUUCGCCUGGAUAGAUGGCACGCCAAGUAUGAACUCAAACAGCUGGUCAGAACACACAAAGGAAUGGACAACAAAAGCUUCAAAAGUAUACAUCAAAGAGAAGACAGUGAAGGUAAGAGAGGACUUUCAGUAAGCAAAGAUGUCAUGGAAGUUGGAGGCCAUGCACUAAAAGCCAACAUUACAACACUUGGUCCACUAGUCCUACCUGUUUCAGAACAGCUUCAUUUCUUCACAAACUUACUCUUCAAGAAAAAGAAAACAAAACCAUACAUUCCUGAUUAUAAGCUAGCUUUUGAGCAUGUAUGUGCAUUGGCAACAAGCAAGAAAGUGUUGGAUGAGAUACAGAAGAAUUUGGAGCUUACAGAAGAGUACAUGGAAGCAUCAAGGAAGACAUUGGAGAGAUUUGGAAAUACUUCUAGUAGUAGUAAUUGGUAUGAACUUGCAUAUCUUGAGUUUAACAAAAGGAUAAAAAAGGGUGAUAGAGUUUGUCAGAUAGCUUUUGGAUCUGGUUUCAUGUGUAACAGUGUUGUUUGGAAAGCACUUAGGAAUGUUAGGACACCCAAACAAAGUCCAUGGAUUGAGGAUGAAAACUGAUCAAGAUGAAAUAGUAGCUAGCUUUUACUUGCUUAA